AUGGCUCUACAGUCACCAACAAUAUUGGUGACAUUUGGCGCCUGGCCAAAUGUCACCAACAAUGUUGGCGCCUGGCCAAAUGUCACCAACAAUGGUGGCGCCUGGCCAAAUGUCACCAACAAUGGUGGCGCCUGGCCAAAUGUCACCAACAAUGGUGGCGCCUGGCCAAAUGUCACCAACAAUGGUGGCGCCUGGCCAAAUGUCACCAACAAUGGUGGCGCCUGGCCAAAUGUCACCAACAAUGGUGGCGCCUGGCCAAAUGUCACCAACAAUGGUGGCGCCUGGCCAAAUGUCACCAACAAUGGUGGCGCCUGGCCAAAUGUCACCAACAAUGGUGGCGCCUGGCCAAAUGUCACCAACAAUGUUGGCGCCUGGCCAAAUGUCACCAACAAUGGUGGCGCCUGGCCAAAUGUCACCAACAAUGGUGGCGCCUGGCCAAAUGUCACCAACAAUGUUGGCGCCUGGCCAAAUGAUAUAUUACUUAGUAAAGACAAAAAAAAGUUAUAA